CCAGCGAACGAGCGAGCAACAGACGGGAUGCCAAAAAGUGAAGACCGGUGGAGAGGUUAUACGCGCUGAAUCAGCCUCUUGAAGAGAUAGCAGGAGGGGGAGAAGCAGAAGCAACUAAACAAAAAAAGACAACAACAACAACAAAAAAAAAAAACGAGAAGCGGCGUUGUUUCUCCGCGGCAACUUGCGCACAGUGCCAGAGUUUUAGCGGCAGUAUUGUUCUGACUUCACUCCAGAGGGGCCACUCCGAGGAGAGAGGACGCACACAAAAGGGAAAAAGGAAAAGGACUAACGAGCACGCUUUGUCGUUUAAAGUAAUGGUGCUGCGGUCUUAGAUCCUAGAUUUCUCUGUCUCUCUCUCUCUCCUCUCUUGUUUCUUUUUUUUUUUUUUUUUUUUUUUUUUUUUUUUUUUUUUUCGUCCCGUCGGUUUGUGUCCCCCCUUUUGUCGCCGUGAGAGAGAGUGGACGCGCCGGGGGUUUGAGGAGCAAGAAGCGGGCUGUCCACAUGGUCCAACCACUGGCGUGAAAGUUGACUUCUUCAGAAACCAAGAGAACAGGUGCCAGUGAUGAUGGUGGAAUCAGCUUCUGAGACCAUUCGAACGACGCCGUCCAACCAGAACGGAGUCAGCAGCCUCAGCAGCCAAUCAGAUGGAGGGGGAGGUAGAGAGGGUGGGUCCAAUGGAGACACCAAUGGAGAGAUCAGCCCAGUUGACUUACUGCACCUGCAACAGCAACAGGCGCUCCAGGCAGCCAGACAGUUCCUCCUCCAGCAGGCCUCUGGACUCAACUCCCCUGGCAGCAACGAGGUCAAACAGAGCCCUGUGCAGGUCCCUGUAUCCAUGGCUAUGAUGAGUCCACAGAUGAUCACUCCUCAGCAGAUGCAACAGAUCCUGUCUCCCCCUCAGCUCCAGGCCCUGCUGCAGCAACAGCAGGCUCUUAUGCUACAGCAGUUACAGGAGUACUACAAGAAGCAGCAGGAGCAGUUACAUCUCCAGCUUCUGACUCAGCAGCAGCAGCAGCAACAGCAGCAGCAGCAACAGCAGGCUGGGAAGCAAGCAGCAAAAGAGCAGUUAGGCAGUAAGCAACUGGCCUUCCAGCAGCAGCUGAUCCAGAUGCAGCAGCUUCAGCAGCAGCACAUCCUCAACCUCCAGAGACAAGGCCUGGUUCCACUGCAGCCCACUGCCGCCAUGCAGUCUCUGCAGCAAGCGAUGUGUCCGUCAGACCUCCAACAACUGUGGAAGGAGGUGUCAGGGGUGCCAAGCAGUGAGGAGGCCCUGAAACAGGCCGAGGGCCUGGACUUGAGCACCAACAGCUCCAACUCUACCUCAGCCUUCCCCAAAGCUGCCAGUGCUCACAUUCCACUGCACAGCCUGCCCAACGGACAGAGCCACACCCCAAAGAGAGACAGAGCCAGACUGUUUGAGUGGAUAUCCUCCUUCACCAAGGCAGACAGCGGAGAUGACCAUGUUCCCCUUUACUCCAAAGGCAGCCAACCCCCCAGCAGCCAUCAUGAGGAGCAUGCCGGCUCCCAUCCCCUCUACGGCCAUGGAGAGUGUAAGUGGCCUGGCUGCGAAGCACUGUGUGAGGACAUGGGACAGUUCAUCAAGCACUUGAACAAUGAGCACGCCCUAGAUGACCGCAGCACUGCUCAGUGCCGAGUUCAGAUGCAGGUGGUUCAGCAACUGGAGAUACAGCUGGCAAAAGAGAGCGAGCGACUCCAGGCCAUGAUGACCCACCUGCACAUGCGCCCCUCAGAGCCAAAGCCUUUUAACCAACCUCUGAACCUGGCUUCCAGUGGCUCUCUGUUAAAGCGGGACAGCGACGCCUACCCGGAGGGACUCCCCCACCCCCCCACCUCCGCCGCCACCCCCAUCACCCCACUGCGACAGGGACCCUCAGUCAUCAGCUCCUCCAGCCUGCACACACACUCCCACUCCCACUCGCACGCUGUCGGGCCCAUACGUAGGCGCAACUCCGACAAGUACUGCACCCCCAUCGCCUCAGAGCUCGCUCAGAACUGUGAGUUCUACAAGAAUGCUGAUGUCAGGCCUCCCUUUACCUACGCCUCUCUUAUACGUCAUGCCAUUCUGGAGUCCCCAGACAGACAGUUGACUCUCAAUGAGAUCUACAACUGGUUUACACGAAAGUUUGCCUAUUUCAGGAGAAACACAGCCACAUGGAAGAAUGCUGUGCGCCACAACCUGAGUCUGCACAAGUGUUUUGUUCGUGUUGAGAACGUGAAGGGGGCCGUGUGGACUGUGGAUGAAGUUGAAUACCAAAAGAGGAGACCACCAAAGAUGACCGGAAGUCCCACUCUGGUGAAAAACAUGAUUUCAGGCCUGGGCUUUGGAUCCCUAAACGCCAGCUACCAGGCGGCUCUGGCAGAAAGCAGUCUGUCCCUGCUGAACAGCCCUCCCUUGGUGACCCCUCCGUCUGCUGCCAGCCUCAACAUGCUGCACGUGGGCCAUGAUGAUGUCAGCUCCACCGUGGAGCAGGUCAACAGCAAUGGCAGCUGCAGCCCCACACUCAGCCCUCAACAGUACAGCCACCCGGUGCAUGUGAAGGAGGAGCCCACUGAGGUGGAGGAAGACAGUCGGCCAGUAUCCCUCCUGGCUGGUGUCACACACAGCCUGCCAUUGCCGAGCGACGAGCGCGACCUGGAGGAGGAUCUUCCCACAGAGGAGCUGGAGUAGGACAGAUCCGAGCAAGACCAGAGGGACGGGACUUUUUUUGAGAUCAAUCCCCCCGAAGCCCUCUCGCCGGUGUGAAGAGGAAAAGAUAGCAACAGUACACUUAAGAGAAAAAAGAGAAUGUUUUUUUGUUGUUUUUGUUUUUUGUUUUUAAGGAAAUUCAAGCAACUAAGGACGACAUUAAGAAACUCCAAACAGGGUUAGAUGACCUUUGUUACUUUCAGACGCAAAAACAAGACUGUGGAGCACUGCUUUACCUCCAUGUGUUGCUUUCACCAACACUUGGCUCAGAGGUGUAACACCACUUAAUGCAUACACACUCACACAAACACGCACACCACACAAACACUCAUUCACUUGUCAAACCAAUGUCUCGUCAUCCUCCCUGGAAAAGUCACCCUCUGUGUAGAGACCCCUAGAGGCGUGGACACACACAUUCUCCCACCAACCCAACGUACGCCCUCCUCUCUGUCGUCUCGGUCUGCCUGGUGAGCCGUUUUAUCUCAACGUCAGUCGAGAAGACGCGUGUGUGUGUGUUAGAAAGAACGCGACACACACACACACACACAGGAUCAUGUGUAUAUAGAUCUGGAGCAGUCACCAGGGGCUGUGUAGUAUACCUCUCCUUCUUCCCCGUCUUUGAGUCAAUCACUUGCUUUUUCAUUUUCUUUGGUUUGAUUAAAAUGAAACUGUUGGGCUUCGAGAUGAGGAGGAAGGACGAGUGCUUUCAAAGAUUACCUCCAACAGUACUCCAGCUCCUCCGCAGAGCGGGCUCCUGUCGACCCAGCUGAGGCGAUGCGGCCCCGGUCCCUGCCCAAACUUCUGCCAGCAGCAAGACACUUGAGUGAGAGGCAUCUUUUAAACUCUGUGCUUCUAAGUGGAAAAAAAAAAGAAGACAUUUCCCACCUUACCUACAUCCCCUCCCAUUCCCCCCCCAGAAGACUGCAGGAAUAGGACCAUUUGGUGCUGUCCUUCUUCUCUCCUCCGUCUGCAGAUGGAGUGAUGAGCAUGGAACACUUUUGAGGAAAAAGAAGAAAAAGAGGGGAAGCAGUGAGAAAUGAUGGAGGAAGCGUCUACAGAAAUAUUGUGACUAAAAAAAAAAAAAAGAAAACUGUCGAUGAUUAUGGAAUAUAACAAGAAAAAAAUGUGUGGUAGCUUUUGUCAUUUCCUUUUUUUUUAUUUUAUUUGAUGUUAUUAUCAUUGUUUAUUAUUUGAGGAUCAAUAUUUCCAAGGUGGCGUUCUGUUUUGACGUACCUUUUCUAAGGAUGCUGUUUUUGUUUUUUGUAUUGUAAGUUGUUUGAUUUACUCUGGUUGUUCACACCAUUCCAAAUGAGUAUUGGCAAAAAAAAAAGAAAAAAAAAAAGGUAAUAAUAACAAAAAGCGCAGUAUUGUCCCAACUUACCCGAACCCUACUCCUGCCCCUCUCCCUUUCUGUCCCAAGUGUAGCAGGCAAGAAAUUUGGAAAUAGCACUUAAAGUUGCCAUUAUCCAGACAGAUUAUUUAACAGCUAAAUCUUUUUUUUUUCUUUUAAUUCUCUCUCAUUCACUUGUUUUUGGUUGUGUAUUUAGUUGAGAAAUAUCCGUAAUGCUUUAAAAAAAUAUAUAUAUUAUUACUGCAGUCAGAGAAUACCUCAUCCCACAAAGGUUCUACCUGGAACUGUGUCCAAAUUGAUAGAGAAAUAAAGGGGAAUUCUUUCUGUGGGACACCAAAUGUGGCAACUCUGCUCAGCUUCGACUCAAAGCUCUAUGGUUGUAAUAGUUACUGUGUAGAAGCUAUCUGCAAUUCACUGUGUGAGUUUGUGUUAAAGGAAUAGCACGUGAGAUUUAUUUCCUUGUUUUCCAUGAGCAUAAAAGCAUUACUUUUCUCUCCAGUGCCAUACCAAAUUUAACAUUUAUUUUAAUCUAUUUUCUGCUUAUUCCCGUUUUAUUUUUGUUACAGGUAACCAAAGAAAUAUGUAGAAAACCAAAAACCCUGUAGUUUAUUUUGCCCUUUAUGUUUCCUUUUUUUUUUUUCUUUCUUAAAGAACUGGCCAAAAGACAACAAACCAGGAGUUUGAAUUCUUAUUAUUGUAUUCAUAUAAUUAUUGUGUUAAAAUUAUACAUGACUUACAGUGCUGACCAUUCCAAAAACCAAAGUGUGUAAAAGCAAACUAGAAUUUGGAGACGGUUACAAAUGACUCAUAUUAGGUAUGAGGCCAAAAGCUAGUAUUAACAAACCUCGCACAGUUCCUCUGAAAAAACAAAAGAAAGAGAAAAGGAAAAAAAAAAAAAGCACUUAGAAGUGAAACCCUGUCUCUCCCACACUCAGGCUCAACUGUUCAACUGUGUUCCAAACACAAUCGUAGGACUGGCCCAUCUACAGAAUGAGCAGGCCUAUAAACGAGGCACUCAUGAAGCAUUUGAACACAACAUUUAUGUAUCUUUACAAACUGAGGCGCCAACAAAAAGAGAGCUGAAAUGAAAACAUUUCAAAACACAUGGCGUUACAAGGUACUUUUUUUGGAUACUGUUGUAAUAAACAUUUGGAUUUUUAAAUCUAGAAAAAAAAAAAAGCUCUUUAAACACAAAAAAAAUCCCUCUCGAUCUGUAUGUAGCCUUCACAGGACGAGGAAGUGUAUUGUAAUGUGCAUAGAAAAGAAGUGCCAUCUUUGGACAGGGAGGAGUUAUUCCAAAUAUUAAUAAUACAAAAAAGAGGGAAAAGCUAAACACAAUGAUAGUAUACCAAUGUAAGAGGAAAACAACCAAGGGACAUCAUGUAAUUUAAAGUUGGGUUCAUAUUUUCAUACUUUUUGUCAAACUAUCUCUUGCACUUCAGACGGUUUUUCUUAUUUAAUGAAAGAACCUUUCCGAUGACUUUGUGUUCAAACAGGACUGUUUCCUGUCACAUUAGAGACUGAUUUCUUACAAAGUACAAAGUGGCAGACAGACAUUUUGAAACGAGAUGAAAACCAAAAAUAACGCUACCUCCUUUUCAAAACAGUUCAACACAUAGCCAAUGGGAGACUGAACUCUCUGAAAUAUUUUUUUUCUCCAUUCUUCCUCAAUGAUAAUAAUGAAUGCCAAAAUUGUUGUUACACUUACUGUAUGACUGACACACACACACACACUUACACACACACAAAAAUAGCUAUUUGGUGAUCCGGACUCCCUAACACACAUCUGCUUGAGCCCAAAAACAUAGAGACGUUUCACUUUCACCAUAGAAUUAAAAAUGACUACCUCUCCUUAAACCACAUCUAAAGCACUCUCUGCGUCUCCAAAUGUGUUGUGAAGUGCUCACUAUAUAUGAACAGUUUUCUAUCAGCUGCGUAAAACUGACCAUACUCCUGCACCCGAUUAGCAUUGAGCUGUGUGAACAGCCUCUCAACCGUGUGCUUUGACUGUAUGUGUGCAUAUUCAUGAUCAGGCUCAGCUCUCAGCCAAUGGGAAGCUGCUCAUUAGCGGCUGUGUGUUGUCGCGGCGAGCUGGUGUGUCGGAGGUCGUGACGGGGUCGACUGUAUCGGUGCCACACCGCGCACACUGACGCACACAUGCAGGGGGUGUAACAGAAGCAUAGAAGCAGGGCUAUGGGUUAGUGCAAACUGUGGCUCUGACCAUCCAGAUAUCCAAAGACCCACAACACAGCAGCACCCCCCCCUCCCCUCCUCCCCCCUCCUCCCUUCACCAAAACACUCACAGAGACGUUGAGAGGACUAACACACUUAAUGAAACUCAUCACUACUACUAGUAAUAUCCAAACCAAGAGGAACUGCUGCAUACAGUACAUAGAUGAGCUCUGACUUGUGCUUUAAGGUACACCUGUAAACAAAGCUGUUUUAUAAAGAUGUAGAUUGUUCACAGGUCACCAUGUAACACUUCUGUUCUUUCUCCAGCUUGGCAUAACAUGAUGUAUUCUUGUAUAUUAAUGCUUGGCUUAUCUCUCCAGGGCAUUCUUUCCCAUUUGAUUUUUUUUCCUUCUCUUUUUGGGGUUUCUUAUUUUUCUGCACCUGUUUAGCUAUUGUAAAGCUUUCAGCUCUGAUUCCUAUACUGUACUGCUAAUGCUGAAGUAUAUGUAUUUAUCAUAUUAAGUGCUGCAGGUAUCUUGGUUUAAUAGUUUUUUUUUUUGUUUGUUUGUUUGUUUCCUUUUUUUUUCAGUUCUUCAUAAAACGUCUGGGACGCUGAUUUUUUAAGUGUAUUAUCUCUAAAAAAAAAAAAAAAGAAAAGAAUUAAAGUUAGAUCAGUGGUUUAGGUAACACCUGUUUGUAUAUUUAUCUUAGCUAGGUCUAUUUUGAUACUUUUUUGUCUCUGUACUGCAUUUAUGCAUUUUUAAGGAAAGAAAAAAAAAACAACAAAUGGAAAACAAACUAAAAAGUUACUUCAUUAUGUAUUGAUACCUCAGAAGGACUUUUUCUCAAAGACAGGACCAAAACCUCUGAAAAGAAAAAGAGAAAGAGGAAAAAAAAAACAAAACAAAAAAAAACAAUGUAAGAAUAUGUAGCCCCUCUCUUGCUUUAAAAAAUGCGGAGCUCUAGAAAGGUAUUGCUGUUGGUCCUUUCAGGUGCCAAUAUGUGUCCCUGCUCCCUGUGACCCCUCCCUCUGACCCCUGACCCCUGUCAUUCCUGUGCUGAACUCCGACCCGCAGAGCUGUCAAUCAUCUGCAGGUGCCAUGGGGGUGUCACUGAGUCAAACACCUGGCAGGUGGUGACCAGCCACAAACCUCAUCUCCCAGUCCCACAGAGGCAGAUCAAAGACUGAAACUGUUGCAUUUUUGAUACUCCUCCUCUUGCGUAGUCUCAAUACCAAAAUGUGGAAUGGCUCUCAGAGAUGCAGCUCAUCCUCUGACUACCAAAGGCAUUGCGAGCAAACAUUGCUUCGUCCAAAUUCCUGAACUGUAACCAAACUGUAACCAAACCAAUGCCACAACCUUAACCAAACAAAAAACAAGCUACUUCCAAAACUUCUCCAUCGACUUCACUGAUCACCUUUACUGAUAGCUGUUAUCUCUCAUACAUCCACGUUAGCGGCGUUGUAGGAGCAACCUACAUCCCAUUGGCUGGUGACUGACUCAAAAGGACGCAGGGAGAUCAAAUCCUGAUGUGUGAUUGGACAGUUCUGAGGUGUCACGUGAGGGGGAAGGGACUCUCAAAGUGGAGCAUUGCCUGACGGUAUUAUUAAGUAGACAGCCAGAAUCCGAUGGAACUACCACUUCAGCUCUCCUCUGGUUAAACCUUAGGAAUGUGUGUACAUUUUCAGCAGUGACUCUCUGUAUUGUUUCUUAGUUCAGUUUACCUGUUUACCUCUCUUUAUCCUUUGGUUUUUGUUAUGUUUCUUGUUAUUUGAAAGUGUGACCCGAGGAAGAGGCGGGAACAGGGACUGGGUGGUGGCUUUAGACAGACAGUGGAGCCCAGCCCUCUGACCCUCCACUCCGGGUAGCCAUGUAAUGCCAGUCACUGCCCUUUCCUUCAUGCUGUAUAAAAACACACACAUAUAUCUGUGUAUUUGUAACCUGAAUCUUCUUGUGUCUGUCCAUGCAGACAAUAAAAAAACUGUACAGUAGGUCUAGUUGCAUGUAAUCUGUACUAAUUAUUGACAAUGGCAUUAUAAAAUGCAAUAAAAUACUUAUUACACUGUCA